AUGAAACCUGAAUCAAUAAGUACUAGUACCGUGACGGCGCCGACGCCAUCAAAGCGGAGGCGGGUGGCCGAUGUCAUUGUCAUAAGCAGUGACGCCGAGCCGGACGGCUGCAAGGUCUUGGAGCCGCGCCGCGGCGUUGCAGCAGCCGCCAAUGACCGGGACAGCGAAGCCGCUUCGCGACGUCGGCGCCCGCUGGGGUUGUUUGCGCAACUGCAAGAGGACGGCUUCAGGGACCUCAAACGAGACAUCUGCAUCGAAUUGAACAGUCUUCACCAACCGCUCGAGGGCCGGGACGGGGACACUGAGAAGGCGCUUCGCGAUGCGCUACGGCAGUGGGUGGAACAGCGCAAGCCGCUGCGGGAUACGAACCAUCUUUAUUACCGACUCGAUAACAGAUACAGCCGUGCCUAUGACCCAGCAACCAACAGUUACAAGCCGCCGGCAUUCGUGGGACGCGAUCGCGCCGUUGUCGACAUGCUCGGCGAGCUGACGGGAGACGUCCCUCUUGAAAUAUUCAUUGCCGUGCUGGAGAGGGAGGACACGAUCGACUCGGUUCGGAGCUUUCUGGCCCGGAGCCUUAUUGACCUACAGGGACGCGAGCUAGCUUCGGAUAUCCCGGUGGAUGACCAGAAUUGGGCGGUACUGUUAGUUCCACGAGACAGCGUGGUGGACUUUCUGAUGGAGUGCGCUGACGCUCUCGCUGCCUCGUCCAACUGUUACCCCCUUAAAGUCCCGGGCAUACAGGGGCUUGUGGAGUAUUUCAGCGCUCAAAUGGCGGUGGCCGGUAACUCCGACCGCAUGCUUCCCAUCUUCAAAGAGUUCUGUGCUACGCUGUGGCAGCUAGGUGGGGCAAAGGGGCUUUCAUUCCUUCCGCGGGACGUGACUGAGAAGCUGCUAAAGGCCGUGGUUCAUACCCAAGAUUGGCCCUUCCUUGGGCUGGCCGCUGGCCGCCUCGGCCCGUCGCCGCCGUUCGCCUUCUUCAUCUGGGUGGUUCAAGAGGUGCGCUCCGGGCGCCUCGGCCUCGUGGAGAUCAAGAAAAACUUGCUGGCUGCCGCCCUCACCUCAACGACCUGCUCCGAGAGAAUCCUCAUCGCCUGCCUACUUCUCCCUCUUCGAUCACUAAACGCUACGGGUGAACAGCUGCUACGGCUGUUGCUUUUAGGGUUGUUGGACGACCUGAACCUGGAUGGGGCGUGUUCUCAUGCUGGCUACAAUUUCGUUGACCUCGUCCACACAGUGCUAGGCCCCGAGGAGGUGGCAAUCAAGCUCGCGGAGAACAAUGCGGCAUGUGCAUCGUUCUGGCUUGGUGCCCUGAGUAGGCUCCUCGAGCCGCGCGUGGACCAUACUUCCAUAGCACCUCCCGCAGGCCUUGUCGAGCGGCUGGCAAGGACUGUCACCGAUGCGCUUGCUGUAUCGAAACUCUUUCGAAGGGGGGCCGAAAUCUUGGAUUUGCGUCUAGGGCGCAUUUGUGAAUGCUCCUCAGUAUCUUCGAACAGGAGCUCGUCUGGGGCGAUCGAUGGUCUUCAACUUGCUUCGCUAAUCCCUGAGCUCCUUGCACGCGGCACGCACAGCGUCGUGGCAUACCUCGCCUUCAAAAUCGCCGGCGAUGCCGCCCUCAUAAGCCCGAGGACUUCCCAUCUCUUUGGAUACCCUUUUUGGGCCACCCACGAGAAACGUGGCGUUCCGCUGCCCACGGCUCGCUACCGACAUCUCUUUGCCGCAAUCCUCGAGGCUUACCUUGCUCGCUGUGUGGGCUCGGCGCCGUCCGUCAAAUGGGACCCUAAGUUCCGCAAGGUCUUCUGCUUGUGCAGGAUUUGCCACCUGUUCAACUGCUUCCUGAAGAGUAGCGCCACUGCUGCCAGCUUCACCUCCACUAUACCGGCGGAUGUCUCUUAUAUCAAGAGACGCUUGGUGCCGUACGGCUACAAAAGCCACCGUUGCCGUUUUACCAUGGAGAACGGGGUGAUGAUCGUCCGGAAGUGCGAGGAAGCCGAUGAGCAAAGUCGGCAGAUUUGGGAGGACAGGAUGGCCAAGGCAAACGGCGAACUAGCCAAGCUGAAGUGGAGGCUAGCAUUGCGCACUAUCGUUGGGGAUGAUUACUUGGCCAUCUUUGACUUCCAGCCGGACCAGGAGUUUGAACAAAGCAGUCCUGUUCCCGUUGAAAGCCUGAUGAUGUCGGGCAAAGAGACGCCGCGCCUUGACGCAGCUGAAGCGCCGUUCUCCACGCCACCGAAGUCCCCGUCCUACGUUGCGUCUAAACCUUCGGGAGGCAGUCAUGCGUCGAGCCUGGAACGCUUUAAAAUGUCGACCAUCAACCGCGCUGCGUCGCACCCGGCGGGCCUAAAUGGAUACACUCUAUUCGCUGCUGAGCUUCAGGAACGCCGGUACGACCUAAGGCUGCCUACGUUCACGACACCUGAGUUGGCACAGCGAUGGAAGGAGCUGUCGGACAGGUCGAGACAGUAUUACAGUGUCAAGGCCGCCAAUUUGCGGCCUACGGCCGCUCCAGGAGCAUCUUCACCAACAAUUCCCAACCGGUACGGCGGUCGUCUGCCUUCUAUUCCACAAUCCUUGCCUCGUCGAGCGCCACUGCAGUCCCAAUCGACACCUUUUCAGCGCUCAGCAAAUGUGGUUGGCGGACAACUUGCGUCAAGUAGCGCUUCGCGGAGGUGGCCGUCGACCCCAUCGUCGCGGCCCACCGCAGCCGCGACAGUGCUACCUCCUUCAGGGUCGCGCACUGUGCUAGCCCCCAUUUCCUCAAGCCGGCUCAACUCGGCCCAGCCACCACGUAGUCAUCCCAAGAUCAAAAAGGAGAUUACUUCUCAAGCAACUCCUUCGCGAGGUGUCAGGCAGACGGCACCGGUAGUUAUCGACUUAACCGGAGAUGACUGA